AUGGUCGUCGCGAUCCGCUUCAUCCAGCUCUUCUUGGUCGUGGCCAUUCUCGGCCCGUCGGCAUACACUCAUCUUCGCAAUCCGGACCGCGGCCGUCACCAACGGCCUGGGCCUCUUCGCGAUGUGCCGGAAUUUGCCCUCGUGACCGUCGUCAUCAGCAUCUGGCUCGCCCUGAGCGUACAACUACUGGGCCGCCCUCUCUUCGGGCUGACCACCUUCUCGCUCAGCGCCGCCUGGGCCGGCCUCAUCUUUGCCGCCGGCACGGUCCGCCGCUCCCUGCGGUCCUCGUACGGCUUCUGCGACAACUACAAGGUCUUUGGCGGCGUGGUCGCGGGCAUCGCCCGUCUCGGCGCCAUCGAGUUUAGCCUGUUGUUCUUCAUCGCGUGGGUGACAGGUGCCGUCGUCAGCUACCGGCACCGUCGGAGCGGCUGCCGCGCGCGGGCCCGUCGUGUGGCGGCUGCCGGCUCCGGGACGGCGCCGUACCAGCUCCAGAUGCAGCCGCGGACAAAGACAGACUACCACGCUGUUUCGCAGCAGGUAUCCCCUUGA